CCCACUCACCCCAAACAAAACACCCUUCUACUAAGUCUACACUCCAAAAACCAAAAUGUCCCCCUCAUCACUACCCCCCAACCUCAUCCCCGAAAUCUCCGCAUUCGUAACCAAAUGCAUGGCCUCGCACGACCCCUCGCACAACCCCCAACACGUGCACCGCGUCGUGUCAUUAGCCCAAAAAAUCCUGGCGCGCGAAACAACCCGCGCGGCCUCAGUGUACGAUGCCGACGUGGUGCACCUCGCGGCGCUGCUGCAUGACAUCGGGGACCGGAAAUAUCUGUCGCAAGUAGCGGCCAUCUCGGCCUCUAUUCAGGGCCGUGCCGCAGAAGAAGAGGCGGUGGAUCCGCAGCGGCUGGUGUAUUGUGUGCUUGUGGCGCAUGGGGCGGAGGAGGCCUUGGCGGAGAAGGUGCAGAUGAUUGUGUCGCAUGUGUCGUAUACGACGGAGAGGGCCAAGCCAGAGGAGGUGGGCAGGUUGAUUCGCGAGGGGUAUCCCGAGUUGGCGAUUGUGCAGGAUGCGGAUCGGUUGGAUGCUAUCGGGGCGGUGGGUAUUGGUCGGUGUUUUACUUUUCUGGGGGCGAAGGGGAAGAACUUUUGUCCUGAGGGAAUGUGGGUGAUGGAUAAUGCGAUUGAGCAUUUUGAGGAGAAGUUGGUGAGGCUGGAGAGUAUGAUGAAGACGGAGACUGGACGAGAGAUGGCCAGAGUGCGCACGGCGAGGUUGAAGGAGUUUCAGGAGUGGUGGGCGGACGAACUGAACGACGCCGCGUAGGAAGAUCGCUUUGUAUAAAGAUGGGAGAGAACAAGGAGUGAGAGCAUGCAAUGCAAUAUAAAUUAACCUAUAGACAUCAAGUCCGAAAUCAUGCUAUCCAGUCUAUCAAUUCUCAAUACACCAAUGGGUAUGUGACAGGUGACGAUAUUAUCUGCUGUGAAGGCACGCGCAAAGAGAAAGGAACGUAUGGCUCGAUC